AUGGAUUCGCCACCACCCCCCGACCCCGUUGCCCGUCAACCUGAACAAUACUGGGCAAUUGGACCUUUGGUUCAGGUCAACGUCAAGACCUGUCUCCUUGACGAUGAUCUCACCGCAUGGGUCACUUUGGACCUCGAACCAUUCGAGCCGCACGAGAUCACAGUAGCCAUGGAAGAAGAAGAGGAAGAAUCUCCGGGUUACAUACUCAUGGACGGACGCCUCCAUGCUGCCACCGCGCCACCUUGGAAAGCCCUCAGUGGUCCCAGAAUCACUACGCCCUCGCAACCCGAGCCACAAUUCUGUGAAGCGUCAACCGAAGCCUGGAAAAGACGCGUCUCGUUCGACUAUCUCAGUUGCGGUUGUCAUCCGGAAUAUGACAAGGACUACUGGUACCACGACAUACCGCUAGUAUGCAUAACCCGUCAGUUGGGACAGGCUAUCGCAGAAAGAAUUUGGAACAACCUCCCAAUAGCAGGGAUGAGAUUUUCCGCUCGAAUUUAA